AUGGAGAAAAGAGAAGAAGCAAGGAAGUCUCAUGUGAAUAGAGGGUUGUGGAAACCUGAAGAAGACAUGAUACUUAGAAGCUAUAUUGAGACCCACGGAGAAGGAUACUGGGCAGACAUCUCUCGUAGAUCCGGUCCGAAUCCAAACUUUCCACAUAUGUUUCAUUUUACUCGUGUUGGAGUUUUUGAGAGGAUUAUAAUUAUGUUUUCUUGUGUUUCAACAUUGAAGAGAGGAGGCAAAAACUGUCGGUUGAGAUGGAAGAACUACCUAAGACCAAACAUCAAAAGAGGAGGUAUGUCUCCUCAAGAACAAGACCUUAUCAUCCGCAUGCAUAAGCUUCUCGGACACCGGUAUGUCCUCUUCUUUUACCAUUCAUCAUCACUCUCAAAGUCGUUGAUCGCUGGUCGUCUUUCGAGUAGGACUGACAACGAAGUCAAGAACUACUGGAAUACCCAUUUGAACAAGAAAUCCAAUUCCAGGAAACAGAACGCAGCUAAACCAGUGGAUGUCGACAAGCAUGUUAUGUCUACAGAAGUGAGAGGAAGCCACAGAGGAGAAGAGGGUACUACGACUACAUGGAUGGAGGAGACCAACUUCUUAGCCCGCAUUGGAUCUCCCCUGCCGCCUCUCAUUUCUCACUACCCAGACACUCUUUCGUUUGACCAACCUUUUGCCUUCACUGAUUGCUUUCCUUUGCUUUAA